GGGAAUCCAAGCCAGCUGAUCACUCACGUGCACUGGGUCCUGUGGUGAGGUGGUUUCCUCCUCCUCCUCCUUGGCCGGCUACGGGCUGUUUCGCCGCCAGGUUUUGGAUGUUGAUGGUGUUGUCUGAGCAUUUCUGGGGUGGUGAGUCCAUUAGUGGUGUAGUGUGGACGUUGGUGGGACAUUGCAGGAGGCCAAUGUUGUUGGAUCAAUAAACGUUGAUACCGCUCGUGGCCCAUUUAAGUUCCCACACGAAACAAUCCAACAACACUCCUAGAUGUUGGAGGGCAACAAAUCGGAGGAGGGGGACACCUCAAAGCAAGCCGGAGAGCAAGACAGGGAUGCAGUUAUCAGGACACUCAAGAAGCAUCGCGGCAUUGUUAAGGGAAGAUUUACAUCCAAAGUAAGAAUGCUCAAUAACCUCCUCCUACAGGACAACCCCAUGGAAGUGUUGGAUGCAGUGUACAAAGAAAUAUCGGAAUUGUUUGAUAAAUUAGAAGAUGUCAAUGUUCAGAUAUUGCAGGAAUGUAGUGAGGAUGAACAAAGCCAACAUUUAGAUUAUCUGUGGGAUGUGCAGAAGUUGAAAUGUGAGUGUCAUAGUAAAAUUGUUAGGCUUAAAGAUGGGCAGACAAGACAACAAAGGAUUACCAAUGAUAACAACUGCAACAUUCAAAUUAAGAAAGUGGAACCUCCCAUAUUUAGUGGUGACGUGCGUGAUUUUCCCACAUUUGUGAAGGACUAUACAAGGCUGGUGAUAAACCGUCAUGGCAAAGAUCCUUUUAUUCUUAGACAGUCACUGCAAGGAAAGGCAAGGGAGGUGGUGGGAAGACUAGAUGAUUUUGACGAAAUGUGGACAAGAUUGAAUGACAGGUUUGGAUCAUCAGCCAAGAUAGUGGAUGCUGUUUUGGGUGAUAUUUGUGCAUUAAAACCUGUACCAGAAGGCAAUAAAUCCAAACUCUUGCAUAUGAUAGGUGUAGUAGAGCAAGCUUGGCUAGAUUUGGGCAAAAUUGGCAAAUUACAUGAAAUAGAGAACUCCCAUAGUUUGCUUAAGGUGGAAAGAUUGCUUCCAAUAGAUUUGAAGAAGGAGUGGACUCGUAAAGCAAGAACGUUAGAUGAUACUGAGAAAUUUGAAGAGUUGGUUAAAUUUUUGGUAGAAGAAAGAAAGGUAAUAGAAUAUAUGGAGGAUGACAUAAGGACAUCAAAGACUGAUGUGAAGGCAUUAGUGAAUGCAGCAUCUACUCGGGAGAAUGUAGACGAGAUGUCUAGUUUGUCGAUGGCUAUUAGUAAGUUGGCCCAGAGUCAAGAAAAUUGCCAGAAACAAUUGUUAGACUGUUUCAACAACAUGGCACACACAAUGAUGAGUAUCACAAAUAAUAAUCAAGCUCGAGGGAAGCCUUAUGGAACGGGUCCGGGUCGUAAAGUACAUGCAAGAGGGUGUUGGUAUCACAAUAAUCCAUCACACGAUAUAAGUCAAUGUGAAGCCUUCAGCAAAUUAGAUGAUGCAUCAAAGAUGGAAAGUUUGAAGAGAGCAGGGGCUUGUUUUGUAUGUUUGGAGCCUUUUCACAUGAGCAGAGAUUGUAGCAAGAAGAUAUAUUGCAAUGUUAAGAUUAAUAACACAGAUACAUGUGGGAAACUGCAUCAUCCAAUAUUACAUUCAUGUUUCUUGAAAGAGUUUCCAAUGAUCAAGGCAGCAAACAAUCUUCUAGAUAGAGAAGGUGUACUUUUGACUGUAGGGAAAGUAAGAAGUGGAUCACACACCUUAUCAACAUUUUUUGAUUGUGGAAGCAACCUGACAAUGAUAACCUAUAAAGCAGCCAGAAAGUUGGGAUUAAAAGGAAAGGAAAUCAGCAUGUCACUCACGAAGGUUGGAAAUCAAACAGAAAGGAUAGAUUCCUGGGUGUAUACAGUUCCAUUAGUUGAUUCUGAAGGCACACAGUGCACUGUUGAAGCCGUGGGAUUUGAGAAAAUAACUUCAGAUAUUGGUGAGGUAAACCUAACCGAUAUUGCAUUCAAGCUAGGAGUAGAUCCACAAGAAAUUGACAGACCUAAGGGAGAGGUUGAUAUACUGAUUGGCACAGAUUAUUGUACUCUUCUUCCCACAGUUGCAAAAACGGUAGGAAAUCUUCAGCUGAUGAAAGGCCGAUUUGGAUUCUGCGUAAGGGGAGAUCAGGGGUUUAUUGAUGAUGGUGGAAAGGGCUUAAAUGUUUUUGUGCAUCACGUGCAAGGGACCAGGAUAGAUGACUUCAUAAUUAAGCCUAGAGUAGAAAUGCAAAAGGCCAUUGAACAGUUUUUUAUGACUGAGGAUUUGGGAGUGUCAUGUUCACCUAAAUGUGGGAGUUGCCGCUGUGGGAGAUGCUCAUUGAAAGGCCAUUUGACAAUCAAGGAAGAAAGGGAAGUCAAUUUAAUAGAGAAUGGCUUAACAUAUGACAGGGAACGUAAAAGGUGGAUUGCUGAGUAUCCAUGGAUAAGGGAUCCGAAUGAUUUACAGAAUAAUUACUCAAUGGCAUAUGCACGGUUGAAAUCAACAGAGAGGAGGUUAAACAAAAGGGAAUGUUCUUACGCACAAAAAUAUUGUGAACAAAUUCAGGAUAUGAUAGACAGGGGUGUUGCCCGUAAACUAACAAAGGAAGAAAUGCUAAACUAUGAGGGACCAGUAUUGUACUUACCUCACCAUGAAGUCCACAAACCUGAGUCUAGAUCCACCCCUCUUCGUAUCGUAUUCAAUUCGUCUGCAUCCUAUAUGGGGAGUUCUUUGAAUGAUUUUUUGGCCAAAGGGCCAGACUGUCUUAACAUUUUGGGAGUCUUACUGAGGUUUCGGCAAGACUUUGUGGGUUUGAUUGGUGACAUCAAGAAGAUGUACAAUUCUGUGGAUAUUUCUCUUUUUGAUCAAAACUGUCAUAGAUUCCUUUGGAGAGAGAUGGAUGCAGACCGCGUACCUGAUCAUUACGCUUUGACUACAGUUACCUUUGGGGAUAGACCGGGUGGAGCAAUUGCCAUGAUAGCUCUCAGGAAAACUUCAGAAAUGUCCAAUCAGUGCCCAAAAGCCAAGAAGUUGAUAGAAUGUAACUCUUAUGUGGAUGAUUUACUGACCAGUGUUGUUGAUCACAGUGAAGCCCAUCGUCUGAUGAAGGAAGUGGAGCAUAUGCUUAGCAUGGGAGGGUUUGAAAUCAAGGAAUGGACAGUGUCAGGUGACAGAAAUGUGUCAUUGAUGCACCCAAAAAUUGUAGACUCGAAAGAGGAGAAGGUUUUAGGUUUAAGUUGGGACCCUCAAGAGGACCUGUUCAUGUUUAAAGUUCAACUGAACUUCUCAAGGAAAAUGAAGAACUGUUUUCAAGGUCCUUAUUUGACUGUUGGAGAUAUAGAAAAGGAAUUGCCCGCAGUGCUAUCGCGGAGGAUGAUUCUGAGGCAAGCAGCAAGUAUAUAUGAUCCGUUGGGAAUGGUGACUCCUUUUACACUGAAAAUGAAACUGCUCAUGAGGGAGUUAGUGGUGAAUAUGAGUGCUGAUGGCAAAAAACUUGGCUGGGAUGAAGCCGUUGAUGAAGAAUUCCAUCGGAAAUGGAAAUUGUUAUUCAAGGAAAUGUUUGAAAUGGAACAUAUUUCUUUUAAAAGGUGUUUAAAGCCUAAGGAUGCUGUGGGUGAUCCUGAUUUGGUAGUUUUCUCUGAUGGAAGCAUGAAGGCAUUUGGGGCAGUGGCAUAUGUGAGAUGGCAUUUAAUGGAUGGAUCUAUUGAAUGUACAUUGGUUGCAUCAAAGAGUAAAUUAGCCCCUCUUCGGAAGGUUACUGUACCACGAUUAGAGUUGUGUGGGACAUUGUUGUCCUGUAGAUUAAGACAAUUCAUAGAAGAAGAGAUGGAAUGGUCAUUUGAUACUGUUGUUCAUAUAACUGAUUCAGAGAUAGUAAGAGGACAGAUCCAAAAGGAAUCUUUUAGAUUUAACACCUAUGUAGGAAAUAGAAUAGCAGAAAUACAAGAGAAAAGUCAACCUAGUGAGUGGUAUUGGGUCAGCACUGAUAAUAAUGUUGCAGAUUUGUGUACUCGUGGAUGCAGACCCAGUCUCCUCCACGAGAACUCUACCUGGCAGCUAGGACCUGAAUUUUUAAGAUUUCCCAAAGAGGAUUGGCCCAUCAGUCAGCAUUGUAGUGUUGAAAUAACAGAUGAACUUUAUGUCAGAGAGGGAAGGAGUUUAUGUACUACAGCUGAAGUGAAUGUAGCUCCACAUGCUAUUGACAUUGACAGGUUCAGUGAUUAUGAUAAACUUAUAAAUGUAACUGCAAGAGUUUUGAAUGUGUCACAAUCAAGAUCACUGUUUGAGUUAUCCAGGGAGCCAAAUGCACAAGAAUUACUGAAGGCAGAAAUGUUGAUCACACAGGUGCAAAGGAAUAUAGAUGAAAAUUGGCAAACAAGGUAUCAAAGACUGGGUCCUAGUCAGAAUGACAAAGGGGUAAUAGUUGUUGGAGCAAGGAUAAGCAAAUGGCUUAAAACUAACUGGAAUCAAGAAGAAUAUGUAUUGCUAUUGCCUGAACAUCCAUUCACUAAGUUAUUGAUAUUACACUUGCAUAAUCAAGAUCAUUCAGGAAUAGAAGCAACAUUGUCUAAAUUGCAGAGCAAGUACUGGGUUCCAGGAGCCAGGAAAUUGAUUAAGAAUGUAAAGUCCCGGUGUGUCACAUGCAGACGAAUUCAAAAGGUGUGCGAAACACAAUGUAUGGGAUCAUUGCCAGAAGAAAAACUUAAACCUGCUCCUCCAUUUUAUAAUACAUCAUUGGAUUUGUUUGGACCAUUUUGGGUCAAAGCCCCUGUUAAAAGGAGAACUGAACUAAAGGUAUAUGGGGUAAUUUUUACAUGUAUGGUGUGCAGGGCUGUAUACUUGGAUAUUGCAGAAGGAUAUGACACAAGUAAUUUUUUGAGGACAUUUAGGAGAUUUGUCAGUGUGAGAGGUUUUCCAAAAGUAGUGCAUUCUGAUCGAGGUACUCAGUUAGUCAAGGCAAACAAAGGAUUGACUGGUGGUAUUGUGGAUUUGGAUUUUGAUGAACUUGUAAAAUUUGGUGGAAAGGAAGGGAUGACCUGGAAAUUCACAAGAGGUGCAGAUGCUCCCUGGCAAAAUGGGUGCUCAGAAGCUCUUAUAAAAUCAGUUAAAAGAGCGCUUGCUUAUUCCAUAGGUGAUAGAGUUCUUCAGUUCGGGGAGUUGCAAACUGUUUUCUUUGAAGUGGCAAAUUUGAUUAAUGAAAGACCAAUAGGGGCAAAACCUGGUUGUGAUAUUAACCUAGGAACAUAUCUUUCUCCAAAUGAUUUAUUGUUAGGGAGAACAUGUAAUAAAGCUCCACCAAGCAUGCGUACCACUGACACCAGUCUUUUGAAGUGCUUCAAGUAUGUGGAUGAAGUAAUUAAUUGUUUUUGGAAAAAAUGGACCCGGGACUUUUUUCCUACACUGAUUGUUCGGUCCAAAUGGCAUGUAGAAAAAAGAAAUGUUCAACCUGGUGACGUGGUAUUGGUAAAAGACAGUAAUACUGUGAGAGGAAAAUGGAGAUUAGCUCAGGUCAUGACUGCAGUGCCAGGUUCUGACAACAAAGUACGCAAUGUAACUCUGAGGUACAAGACAAACAAAGCAGGUUUUAAGUAUGAAGGUCAACGGGAUAUGGUUAUUGAUAGAUCUGUGCACAAUAUUGUAGUUAUUUUUCCUGUGGAAGAACAGUACUAGUGGUGGCGGGAGUGUUUCGCAAAUGUUCGCAAAAUGUAAAUUUGAAUAAAGAUAACCUACUCGUAUGUUGAGUAAUAUAUUCUAUGUUUUGUAAUAUGUAAUAUAAAUAUAUUGAUGGUAUAUUUCAUAUGGUAGAGUGUUGCGCUUGGCGUUUGUGUUUUGUUGUUGGCCGCUCUUAGUGGGGAGUCCAAGCCAGCUGAUCGCUCACGUGCACUGGGUCCUGUAGUGAGGUGGUUUCCUCCUCCUCCUUGGCCGGCUACGGGCUGUUUCGCCGGCAGGUUUUUCCUAGCAUUUGUGCAAGGUUUUGGAUGUUGAUGGUGUGGUCUGACCAUUUCUGGGGUGGUCAGUACAUUAGUGGUGUACUCUGGACGUUGGUGGGACAUUGCAGGAGGCCAAUGUUGUGAGUGAUUAAAGUGUUGUUUACUAUGU